AUGGAGGAUGAUGAAAAGGGUAAGAAACCCAUGAAGCGAAUUGAGAACAAGAAAGCUCUGAGAGUUACUUACAUGAAGAGAAAGAACUGUGUUAUCAAGAAGACAAUGGAGCUCUCGAUUCUCUGCGAUAUCAAUGUCUUCACACUCUGUUUCGGCCCCAAUGGAGAGGUCGACACGUGGCCCCAAAACCCAAACGAAGUGAAAGCUCUGAUCAAGAUGUACAAACAGUCUGCCAAGAAAAGCCCAGUUAGGAAAACUUGUGAAUCUUCUUUUUCUGAUUGUUGUUUGGGUGCUGAGAAAGUUGCCAAGAAAGUUUUGGUGGGGAAUGAGGAUGGUUAUGGUUGGCUUGAUGGGUUAUCGGCAGAGUCGGCGAUGAGUUUCUUGGGAAAGUUGGAGUCAAAAUUGGAGGUUUUGAAAGCAAGAAUCGAGUUCUUGAAGAUGGUGAAGGAGCAAAAAAACAGAGGGGUAGUGGUAAUGGGGAAAGAAACAGAGCAAACUUCUUGUUGGUUUGAUGAUACGAAUGCGAUCGACAAUUUGCAGAAAAACAGAGGAGUAAUCGUAAUGGGGAAAGAAACAGAGGAAGCUUGUUGGUUUGAUGAUACGAGUGCGAUCGACAAUUUUGAGGAUGAUGAUCUUGCAAUGUUGCUUGAGCCUUGUUACCAGCUUGAACCCUGUUACCAGUACCAAUUUGGCAUUUUCUGA